AUGGCCGACGCCGAGACUGCACCGGCUGAGCCACAAGGUCUGAAGGUGCUGUAUUGUGGUGUCUGCACCCUUCCACCAGAGUACUGCGAAUAUGGAGGCACGGUAAAGAAGUGCCAGGAAUGGCUCCAGAAGAACCACAAGGACUUGUACGAAGCAAUAUGGUCAGCCGAAGCCCUUGCCGCAUCCACAGCCAACCUCUCAGUCGAGGCCCAGAAGCGAGCGGAGAAGGACGCGCUUAAGAAGACGGCCAAGGCCGAGGCCGCCGAGCAGAAGCAGGCCGACAAGCGUGCCGCGAGCGUCGUCACCAUCAAGAGGAUCGAGCGCAACAAGCGCAAGUACGUCACGUCCGUCUCCGGGCUCGAGGCCUUCGAUCUGGAGUUGAAAAAGGUCGCCAAGGAGUUUGGCAAGAAGUUUGCUACGGGCUCCAGCGUGACCAAGACCCCAUCGGGCGGCGAGGAAAUCGUGGUGCAGGGCGACGUUAGCGACGAGAUUGAGGAGUUCCUCAACGAGAAGUACAAGCAGAUACCCGAGGACAACAUCGAGCUUGUGGAGGAUAAGAAGAAGAAGUCGGCGAGCGCUGCCUAG